GACUUUAAAGAUGUUAAUUAGAAUUUUAAAAUUAGGAAAUGAUGUAAUUUUUUUCAUCAUUCGUGCGUUUGGUACUGAUGCACAUGCCAAAUAUGACAUGAAAUGAAGAAAGCUUGGUAGAACUGAAUUGUCGGCCUGCAAAGUGAGAUUAUUAAUUCAUCCGAUGACAUUUGUCUCUUCAUUGUGGUUGUACUCCACUAUAUAACCCAGUAGAUGGCAGUAUGAGCACGAGUAAAUCUUGGUAAGAGCGCAAGCUCUGUCAUGGGGAAAGUUCAACAGUGGAGAUGGGAAUUUUGUGUUCAUUUAUGGGUUCAAUAUAUAUAUAUAUGUAUGUUUUUAACAACCAUAAGUCCGAAUAAAAGAAAAGUUGUAUGUUGACUGUGAAUUUCAAAGAUAACGUAUAACCAAUGCAACUCUGUAGCAGAACCUCUUGUCAAGCUGUGAUAACAAUAAGGUCGAUUCUCUGAAUUCACCCGAAGCUUUGGUGCACAAGAGGAGCUGACAAACUAGUGGUAAAAGAACGAAAAUUCAUAAGCACACAACUGUAAACUGUGAGUUUUGAAAUGGGUUGACAGAAACAUUCAUUUCUGUCGCUCUACAUCAAACGAGGAUGACUAAACGCUACUUUGAUGUGCAACUUUUCUCUAUACAGACACCAGUGAAAGUCACACGACUAAAUCACUGAAGCAGCUUAUUUUAUGAUCGCAGGGCUUUUCUAAAAAUGAGCCUCGAUAUAUAAAGAGCCUCGAUCACACACACACAUAGAGAGAGAUACAGCGCACGCGGUAUUGUUUGUCAUCGUUUAAAUGCCAUUAAUUAAAACGUUAACCUGAUUGGGUGGAGAGUGAGAGGGGGAGAGGGUGUCUCUGUCCCAAUAGGCGAAUCCCUUUUAAUAACCCGCCUCGAGAUAAUGAUGUAAAAAGACUCAGGCGUCUUGUGCGUAACGAGGAUCAUCCGGUGAAGGUGAAUCAAACAGAGAGAGAGAGAGGGAGAGAGAGAGAGAGGGAGAGAGAGAGCGAGAGAGAGAGAGAGAAAGAGAGAGAGAGAAAGAGAGAGAGAGAGAGAGAGCAGCACUUAUUACACGAAUCUCCUCCUCGUCUCCACACCUCAGCUGACAAGUCAAGCAAGCCUGCAACUUCACCACUGACACAGAGCAAAACUCGUAAAGGACAAACAGAGGAAGAAACUCACAAAGACGUGUCAAGAGUUUGCAGAAGCGACCGCAGCUCGCCACAACGCCAAUCCCACUAGGCUAUGGACAGGAGGAUGAACUUGAACGGCGGCUCUGCGGACAUUUUUCACAAAACUCUCAGCGCCGUGUCCACUAAAAAAAUGGAUGCUUUCAGACCGUCUGCCGGCAUUGAACUACCAGCCAGAGACCGCCAGUCACCGAUCAGCUGCUUUGACCAAACCGACCCAGACCCGAUUCAGCCGGGAGGACUGGCGGGAGGUAGAGGAGGACCACUGGGUCUGCCGACCGGAUCUUUGUGCGUCAAUUUCGGGGAGAGCGCCAACAGGACCUCGGCUGCGGAGAGCAGCGGCGGAGAGCAGAGCCCCGACGAUGACAGUGACGGCAGGUGUGAGAUGGUCCUUCUGACCGAUGGGCGGACGGUGAGCGCGGGCAAAGCCGAAGGAGGUAAGAAAACCAAAGAGCAGAAAAUACUGAGGCUAAACAUCAAUGCCAGAGAAAGACGACGGAUGCACGAUCUGAACGACGCGCUGGAUGAGCUCAGGGGGGUCAUCCCCUACGCACACAGCCCCUCAGUGCGGAAACUCUCCAAAAUUGCCACUUUGCUGCUCGCCAAAAACUACAUCCUCAUGCAGGCACAGGCACUGGAGGAGAUGAGGAGGCUAGUGGCGUAUCUCAACCAGGGCCAAGCCAUCUCUGCUGCUUCGAUACCGGCCACCACUGCCCUCGCAGCUCCCGGCUUGGGCGCGUACGAGCAGCCGCCUGGAUAUCCCUUCCCCACCGGGGUGGCUGCGUCCUCCUGCCCCGAUAAAUGUGCCCUAUUCAACAACGCCACCUCCAGCCUCUGCAAACAGUGCACUGACAAGCCUUAACUGCGCCUGACACGGACUCAAGAGAAGCACAUGCGAGAACAGACACCACUUUUGAGAACACUUUUGGGGGAGGAAAAAACCUGUGAGACUGUUGUUGAAGUCAGUAGGCUUAGAGACAAAGAAGUAAUGCCGAUGAAUACUUUUAUAAUAUUUACUAAAUGCAUUCAAAACGCGCUUUUUUGUUCAAACAAUACUUGAUUGUGUACAUAAAUCAUCCUUAAAGUGCUGGUAUGAAUGGCAGUGAAGACCAAACAGAGCUACAGUUAGGCCUGUAAGAGUGGCUGCAAGUGUUUGAGUGAGUUGUUGAUCACUUGCUCGGUUACAGUAUGGACCCUUUUGGUGAUGUGGUUGACCUGACAACGUGCGACUUUUUUUUUCACUUGAAUAGAUGGACACCUUCCUGGAGCGUUAGUCCAACCUCACUUUCUGCUGCUUCCACCCCCCCCCACCCGUUUUAUUUGCGGUUUGUUAUAUUUGAUUCACCUCAGAGACAUUUUGCUUGUUUACUUACUGGUUCAAGGCCUGUUUUCAUGAACUUUUUCUGUUGAGCACGUGGAAUGUCAUGGACAAGGAAAAAGUUAAAUGAAAUAGACGAGUUAAGUGGUUUAAUCAGUCAGAUAUUUACGUGCUAAUCCAGACACUUGUUAAUCGUUGCGCACGCCUAUUACAAUUCUUUUUUGGGGGGGGCACUGUGAUAUAAUAAAAAUUCAGAAAAAUUUAGAAAACCUGAACCAAGGUUUAUGAGGUGUUUCGAUGUGUCUUUUGUAAUUAAUUAAUUGGGAUAUUUAUAAUGGAUAUUUUGCUUGCAUUGCACAUUGUGGUCUUUUUUUUUCUUAGUUGCUCUAUUUUUUCGUUUCUCUCCUCACACAAGAUGAUCAGAUCAAUCGCGUUGUCAGGUCGAGCUGUGGAUUACUGUAGAUACCUUAGUUAUUAUAUGAGCAGAGGGGCCAUUUGUAUGUAUUUCAGUGUUGAAAAGCUUUAUUAAAAUAUUUUGAACAACAGAAAUACUUCUGUCUAUUCAUCUGAUGUGAAGUGUAGUGGAAAGUGGAACCAGAGUGCCACAGAGCCUUUUGUAUUUGAUGAAAACACUCACUGAAAAUUUAGAAUUGAACUUGACAUUUUCAUCAUGGUUAAAUCGUAAAAAAAAAACAAACAUAGGGAACUCUUACUUGUCAGUCUCGGAAUCUCGCCAGGUGUCGACUAUACAGACAGAAUUGGUCAAUAAUUUUCCGCUCCAUCAAAACUGGUAACUUUUCUUUUCUUGGGCCAAGUCCUGGGAGCGAAGGCCAGACGUGGUGGGUGAAUAUUGCCCCAAGACAGUAAGAUAAUGUUUGUGCUCCUCGAUAAAAUUAAAAAAAAAAUACACUGGCGACUUUAUUGUGAUUAUUAAAACAAUUUCCAUGACGGUGUGAAAUAAUAUUUGAAUACGAAAACAACAGAAACUGUCGACUGUAAUACCUGGCUUCACAUAAUGAAACACAUCGUUAAGGCAAUUAGACCUCCAGAAUGUGAUUAAGGAAAGUAAUUACGACACUGCUCAUUGCCGUAAUUUGGUGUCUUUAAUCACAACGCAGCCAUCAGCUGCACUCCCAUCGACUCGCCCUUUGUCCCCCUCAGUCUGCUGUCCACACCACAAAAACAACUGACGAGAUCCAAAACAGUAAAAGUCAGAAAAUUAUCCCUCAAAUAUUUUUUUUUUUUUUUGUGCAUAAUUUCAAUCCUAAACAACCUCCAACCACAUGGAGCUCACUCUGCAAAAUUUAGAGGGGAAGUGAAAUUGGACAUUUUGCAUCAGAUGUAGAGACUUUAAAAAGACUGGCGAUGCUGUAUUUUCAGUUACGCAGGAAGGCUUGGUCUAAAACGGAUUAAAGUCACAUAUUUAAGUAAUAAUUGUAUUACCAAAUUAUCUUUGCAAUAUAAUAUAUCAAUUAUUGAUACUUUUGCACAUAAAAAGUAAAGUCAGUGUAAGUUCUAAGGAUUUCAGCACCUUGGACAGAGGCAACAGAAUUUAAAGGCAUAUAUAUGGGAAUUUAAUAUUUUCAAAAAUGAAUUAAUGUAUUGAGUCUUUCUUUAUUUAUGUAUUUUUGAGAAUUUUGAAUCAUUAAGUAUUUCCUGUGAGACUAACAGCUUUGAUGAUACUGUAAGACUGACAUGCAGAUUCACAUCUCUGUGAAAACAAUUGAACUCAAUUCAAUACACUGGUCAUUUUUUAAAGGAUUAACAGCUAACAUCACAGAUAUAUUUCUUUAACAACCUCUUCCUUUCCUCAACAGUGAAAAUGUGAAAAGUUUUAGUCAGAUAUAAAACUCGAUAAAUUUGAUGGAGUUUAGUAAUGACAAUAAUUUUCACUUCUUCAAAACAGACUUUAAACUGACACAACUGUACAUGAAAAAUACCAUUUUUUAAAAUGAAUUGAUUGCUGAAUGUUUCCUCCAAAUAAUUUUAACAAAGCAAAUUCCUGUCUUUCUUGCCUCAAAAGUGAACAGUAAUGACAUUGUGUUUCCAGUUUACAACAGUGGUUUGGUAUUCUCCAGUCUCCGAUCUCAGCUUUGUGUCUGUAUGAUGAGCCAUUCCGACAACAGGGCCAUUACAGUGUCCCAUUUAAUCCCAUCACACUCCUGAAUGCUUUGAAUCUUCACAGAACAGC